CGCCCGCAGCCUCGCACCGUCGCGCAAAUCGCACGCGUUACGAGACGGCAACGUGCGCGCUCUCUUUCCCGCUGAUUCCAAAAGGCUAGUUAACGGGUUGGCAGCCGCCGCGGCCGGCCGUGCGCGCGUCCAGGGGUGCUCCUCACAAGAGGCCACCGCUCAACUGCAAGGCCAUGUCCUGACACAGUAGCUGGAGGAUCGAUCACCGCCCGAGCAUGAGGGGGCGCGCGCUCUGCCUCGUCGUGCUCGCCGCGGCCGCCGCGUUCCUCCCCCCUUCUGCAUCCACGGACUCCAUCGGCCUCGCCGCGUCCAUCGCCGGCAACCAGACGCUCGUCUCGCCCGGGGGCGUGUUCCAGCUCGGUUUCUUCAGCCCCGACGGCGCCGGCGCCGGCGGGAGGAGGUACCUCGGCAUUUGGUACUACAACAUCCGGGAGCCGAGGCCGACCGUCGUGUGGGUCGCCAACCGCCAGAGCCCGCUCGUGGGCUCCCCGGGCGUCCUCCGCCUCUCCGCCGACGGCCACCUCGUCGUCCUCGACGCCCAGAACGGCACCGUCUGGUCCUCGGCGGCGCCGACCAGGAACGUGACCGCCGGCGCCACCGCGCGGCUCCGGGACGAUGGCAACUUCGUGCUGAGCUCGGACGGGAGCGGCUCCGAUCAGAGCGUGGCGUGGCAGAGCUACGACUACCCGACGGACACGCUGCUCCCGGGGAUGAAGCUCGGGGUGGACCUCAGGGCCGGCAUCACCCGGAACAUCACGUCGUGGAGCAGCGCCACCGACCCUUCCCCCGGCGCCUACACGUUCAGGCUGGUCCUCGGCGGCCUGCCGCAGUUCUUCCUCCUCCGGGGCGCCACCAAGGUCUACACGAGCGGGCCGUGGAACGGCGAGAUCCUCACCGGCGUGCCGUACCUCAAGUCCAACGACUUCACCUUCAAGGUCGUGUCGGGCCCCGACGAGACGUACUACAGCUACUCCGUCGGCGCGUCCUCGCUGCUCUCGCGGCUCGUCGUGGACGGCACGGCGGGGCAGGUGCAGCGGUUCGUGUGGGUCAACGGCUGGAGCAGCUUCUGGUACUACCCGACCGACCCCUGCGACAACUACGCCAAGUGCGGGCCGUUCGGGUACUGCGACACCGCCCAGACCACCCAGUGCAGCUGCCUGCCGGGGUUCCAGCCGCGGUCGCCGCAGCAGUGGAACCUCCGGGACGGGACCGGCGGCUGCGUCAGGAGCACCAACCUGAGCUGCGGCGCCGGGAGCAGCGACGGAUUCUGGGUGGUGAACCGGAUGAAGCUGCCGGAGGCCACGAACGCGACGGUGUACGCCGGCAUGACGCUGGAGCAGUGCCGGCAGGUGUGCCUGGGCAACUGCAGCUGCCGGGCGUACGCCGCGGCCAACGUCAGCGGGGGGGUCAGCCGCGGGUGCGUCAUCUGGGCCGUCGAUCUGCUGGACAUGCGGCAGUACACGACGGUCGUGGAGGACGUGUACAUACGGCUCGCGCGGUCGGAGAUAGACGCCCUCAACGCCGCCGCCGCCGCCGCCGCCGCCGCAGCAAACGGCGGGGGCCGUCCCAGCAAGCGCGUGGUGACCGCCGCCGUCGCGACCGUCGCCGGCGUGCUCCUCCUGCUGGCGGUCGGCUGCUGCUGCGUCUGGAGGAAGAGGAGGAAACGUCAGGGCGAGACGGAUUCGUCGGCGCCGGGCGGUGGAGACGACGUGCUCCCGUUCAGGGCCAGGAAACACCCGGCGCUGGAGGAGGACUGGAAACGCGCCAAGAAAGACGUCGACCUCCCGUUGUUUGAUCUGGAGGUGAUCCUGGCCGCCACCGACAACUUUGCUCUGCACAACAAGAUUGGCGAGGGCGGAUUUGGCCCUGUUUACAUGGGGAAGCUUGAGGACGGGCAAGAAGUAGCCGUGAAGAGGCUGUCCCGGAGAUCGAUGCAAGGGGCGGUGGAGUUCAAGAACGAGGUGAAGCUGAUCGCCAAGCUCCAGCACAGGAACCUCGUGAGGCUGCUCGGCUGCUGCAUCGACGAGGACGAGAGGAUGCUCCUGUACGAGUACAUGCACAACCAGAGCCUCGACACCUUCAUAUUUGACGAAGGGAAGCGGAGGUUGCUGAGGUGGCAGAAACGCUUUGACAUCAUUCUGGGGAUCGCCCGGGGUCUGCAGUAUCUGCACGAGGAUUCGAGGUUCAGGAUCAUCCACAGGGACCUGAAGGCCAGCAACGUGCUGCUGGACAGAAAUAUGGUCCCCAAAAUUUCAGACUUUGGUAUCGCAAGAAUGUUUGGAGGUGAUCAGACCACUGAAUAUACCAAAAAGGUCAUUGGAACGUAUGGCUACAUGUCUCCAGAAUACGCGAUGGAUGGCGUGUUCUCGAUGAAGUCCGACAUCUACAGCUUCGGCGUGAUGGUGCUAGAGAUCAUCACCGGCAAGAGGAACCGAGGCUUCUACGAAGUCGAGCUUGAUCUCAACCUCCUCAGAUAUGCAUGGAUGCUGUGGAAAGAAGGGCGGAGCGUUGAUUUGCUGGACGAGGUGAUGGACGGCAGCUUCAACUACGGCGAGGUGCUGCGGUGCGUCCAGGUGGCCCUCCUGUGCGUGGAAGUGCAGCCCAGGAACAGGCCGCUGAUGUCGUCGGUGGUCAUGAUGCUGGCCAGCGAGAACGCGACGGUGCCGGAGCCCAACGAGCCCGGGGUGAACAUCGGGAAGAACACGUCGGACACGGAGUCGUCCCAGGGCCUCACGGCCAACAAUGUCACGAUAACUGCGAUAGAUGCUAGGUAGCUUGGUCAUCGGAGUGGACCGGUAGAAAUUAGAAAUUCUUGCUGCUCUGACGGUGUAGCCUGUGCUUUACUGGUAGCUUGUACAGCAAAGGUUUCGUUGCCAAUUUUUUUUUGAAAAAGAUGUAAAGUUUACAGCUUGUAGAGGUUACAUUCAAAAGUUGCCCGAUUCAA